GACAUCCGCAUGCUCGAACUCACAUCCAAGGAAAUCGGAGAUCUACCCAAGGAAACGCGCGUAUAUGAGGGUGUCGGGAAAAUGUUCGUCGCCGUUCCCAUCCCCACCAUCGACAAGCGUAUAUCCAGCGAGAGCAACGAGCUCAAAUCCGAGAUUACCGGACUGGAGAAGAAGUUACAUUACCUGGAGAUGACGCAUAAGAACAGUCGGGACAACUUGGAACAAAUCCUGAAGGCGGGGCGGGCUUGAGUUUCUUCAUCUAUACUUAAUGAUAACAAAUUUGGGUGCUAUGGUUCUUUUCUUCUUUCUUCUUGUGGAUAUUCGUUUGUUGGGUUGCCAUAUUGGUUCUACUGGUGUGUUCGUGCGAGAGUGGUGCGCAUGGCGCAUGAGCUGUUAUCUCGAUGGACAAUCGAUCUACUGGACUAGUGCAGAGGAUGUGAGGGUGAUCGGGCUGGGCUCGGUGGUACCAGCGAUUGUCCUCCUACCUUCUAGGAUCUUGCUUCAGAGUCAUCGUUGGCCAGGGCUCAGGGUGGGAAUCAUAGCCCUAGUGGCGUCCUUUCAAGGUGGAAUAGCUGAUAUUCCGAAGGACAGUCCCGUUACGAUCCUUCCCUCUCAUCUCAGCAACGGCAUACAAGGAGCCAAGGACGCGGCUGCAGCGGAAAACUUCAUCCUCGCCAAGACACGGCGUGUGUGUCUUAGAUCGUGCAUGUCCGAGGAGCAUUGGCAGCCAGGGUGUGGUGACAGUAGCGUCGGCAUCCUCACCCAUGGUGGGUUUGCUUGCAGGUCGCCCGGCCAUUGUUUAUGAGUGUUGAUGAGCCGGGUGUUGUUGGUUGAUCCGCUAUGGUCAUUUUGACUAUAGCUUAUCUGUGCGGAUGGCUGGGUAUCCCUGAUUUUGCCUCC